ACCAUACCCCAGUUGAAUCCGUCUAUAUUAGGUUCUAAGACGCGUAUUAUUAUAGAUAGAUACCUGUGUAUUUUCCUCUUGAGAAAGCCUGAUACCCACAUGACGUAAUGUUUCUGCAUACUAAUAAGGGGAGUCCCCCGCCAAUCCUUUCACUUUCACUUAGUAGAAUUUCCUGUUUGCGUGUUUAGCGAGGUUCACAUUUACUGGCUUUUGGACUUAUAGAACCUGCGUGUUACCGUCUACCAUCGCUUAAAUUGUCAAUAGCAAGCUUGAUCAUUGUAUUGACAUUUUAGCGUCAAUAACCAACACAAGCGCCUUCGUGAAGCCGUCUUCAUUCGCUCGACUUGUGCAAAGAGAGCUUUAUCACUUCUUUUUUGUUCUUUUCACCUCCGGGAUUUGAUUUGAUUGGAACACUAACGGUUGGAUCAAUGGUCACACACGCUUGUCCGUGACGUCACGCCGAUUAUUCAACUUCUUUGCAUCUAUUCGUGCUAUAAAACACCAAUAAACACUCAAAAAGAUUUGGCAAAACACCACAAGAUGUGUGAGGGCAAGCCUUUUUCUGACUGGGGCGUGGCCGAGUGGGACGCCAUUGGCAGGGUGUGGUCCAACCUUCCCAACAUAUUCGGUUUCCUGAUUAUGUGGGGGAUGACCAUGAGCCCGCUGACACCAGACCAGCAGAUUCGUUUACUGAAAGUAUGUUACGAUAUUUCGUACUUGCUCGGGGACAGCACGAUGAUGAUGUAUGUGUAUUUGGAAGCGGGCGGCACAUUUUCUAAAAUAGCGCAGUAUGAAAAUGCAAUGUCAUGUUAUACAGCUGCUAUGGAAAUAGCGAAAUCAAAUGAUGACAAUCAGACUCAAGCAGCUUGUUAUAGAUUGAUGGGUGAAAUUCAGCACAGGCUGCACGAUUACAAUCAGUCAAUGGAGAAUUUCCAACACGCACUUAGUCUAUGUCAAAAGACAGGUGACGAGAGUGGUCAAGGUAAUGCAUACCUGGAUAUGGGUAGAGUGCACAGGUCUCAUGCCAAGUACGAGGACGCAAUGAAUAACUACCAACACGCACUUAGUCUAUUUCAAAAGACAGGUGACGAGAGUUGUCAAGCUAAUGCAUACCAUGGUAUGGGUGUUGUGUACAGGUCUCAGGGCAAGUACGAGGACGCAAUGAAUAGCUACCAACACGCACUUAGUCUAUUUCAAAAGACAGGUGACGAGAGUGGUCAAGCUAAUGCAUACCAUGGUAUGGGUGUUGUGUACAGGUCUCAGGGCAAGUACGAGGACGCAAUGAAUAACUACCAACACGCACUUAGUCUAUUUCAAAAGACAAGUGACGAGCGUGGUCAAGCUGAAGCAUACCAUGGUAUGGGUAAUGUGCACUUUAACCAGGGCAAGUACGAGGACGCAAUGAAUAGCUACCAACACGCACUUAGUCUAUUUCUAAAGACAGGUGACGUGAGUGGUCAAGCUUAUGCAUACCAUGGUAUGGGUAAUGUGUACAGGUUUCAGGCCAAGUACGAGGACGCAAUGAAUAACUACCAACACGCACUUAGUCUAUUUCUAAAGACAGGUGACGUGAGUGGUCAAGCUUAUGCAUACCAUGGUAUGGGUAAUGUGUACAGGUUUCAGGGCAAGUACGAGGACGCAAUGAAUAACUACCAACACGCACUUAGUCUAUUUCAAAAGACAGGUGACGAGAGUGGUCAAGCUAAUGCAUACCUGGGUAUGGGUGAUAUGCACAUGUCUCAGGACAAGUACGAGGACUCAAUGAAUAACUACCAACUCGCACUUAGUCUAUUUCAAAAGACAGGUGACGAGAGAGGUCAAGCUAAUGCAUACCUUGGUAUGGGUAAUGUGUACAGGUCUCAGGGCAAGUACGAGGACGCAAUGAAUAACCACCAACACGCACUUAGUCUAUUUCAAAAGACAGGUGACGAGCGUGGUCAAGUUAACACAUACCGCGCUAUGGCGAAUAUUUUCGGAGUAAUUUGUAAAUACGAGGAGAAGAAGAAUUGCAUUCGUCAAGCAAUCAGUAUUGCUGCAACGUCAGAGAACGUGCAGCCCAACCUAGUGGAUCUACUAUACGCGAAAAGUGGAGACUUCAACGAGGCGAACAAGUGUUACGAAAAGCAGCUUGAUUUAUGUUUAAUGAAUGGCGACGUAGUUGGGCAAGCACAUACACAUGUUAUGAUGGGUACACUGCACAUGUCUCAACGUAACUACGAUAAGGCUAUGGAGUGCUACCAACAAGCGAGAGAUAAGUACGAGAAGAGUGGUAGCACGUAUAGCCAAAAUAUGCAAGCAAUAUUGUAUUUGAGGAUGGCUGAAGUGCAUUUUAUUCGUCUUAACUACAAGGAGGCACUUGAGUACUUCCUGCUUGCAGAAUCUUAUUCUCCGAAAACUAGCACUCGCUCACUUUCUCAUAUAUACCAGGGUAUCGGCAAGUUGUGUAUCUCUAUGGGCCAGUUUGAAGAUGCGGAAUCGUAUCUUUUAAAAAGCUUGAUUUUUUACGAGCAAAUCUUCACUAAUCUUGGAAAGCUAGAAGACGCAAAAACUAAUAUCGUAGAUACCUAUAUUGAAGCAUAUCACUGGCUAGUCUGUGUGUCAGUUGUACUCGGGAAAAAGAGCCAAGCCUUGUUGGUGUCAGAGCAAGGAAGAUCGCGCGCCCUUAGUGAAAACCUUCAAACCAAAUAUGGACUUCAAGGAGAUGCAACAAAGAGCUCAUUAGACCAAGAAGUAUUUUUGUUAGUCAGUGGUACCUCGCCCUUGUUUGUUGUUGUAUCAUUGAGUGAUAUAUACCUUCACUUAUUCACUCUCUCAUCUCUAACUCCGUUAGUUGUACAUCCCGCAGCAACGCAAAUUACAGAUGAAGCGGGACAAUGGCUAUCUCUUCUCAAAUACCUGAUCAACAGAGUUAUAUGUGAUGCAAAUCUGCACGUCCGUCAAAAUUGCGAUGAUACCUUCGAAGACAGAUCGCUGGACCUGGACUAUGAUGACGAGUCUGAACAACAACACGUGCUGACAGAACUCGCAAGGGUAACACUAGGGUCCAAGGGCUCAGAGAAGACGAAUGAAAUCGGAGGCGAAUCAAGCGGAAACAGGAAAGACAAGAGUGUCGCCAAGAUGCGGGGCGGAGAUUGUGAGUGUCACCUUGCUACCAGGUCUCCUUUACCACAUACCACAGGAAAACCGAAGGCGAGUGACGAGGGUACUAGCGGUAAAGUACCACAGGAGCACGAAGAAGACGUCUGUUCGCCACCCCCAAUAGGCAGUGCCGAGACACAGAGAGGGUCCGGUCUACUAAAAGAGCUGUACCGGAUACUGAUUGAACCAAUUGAGAAGGAACUCACCCAAGUUGAAGUCGUGUUUGUUCCUGAAGGAGUUACGUUCAUGGUCCCAUUCGGCGCUCUGCAGUCGCCAGACGGUAGAUUCCUCGCUGAGAAAAAGGCAAUUCGUUUCGGCCCAUCACUCACUACUCUUAAGUUACUGCGAGAAUGUCCUGAAGACAAGCACUGCAAACAUGGUGUACUUGUCGUUGCGAAUCCAAGAUCGAACGCAAACGUAUUUACACGCAACAGGAGUGGAGCCGACGUGGUGAUGUCUUUUCACGAGAGGUUUGCAAAUCUCCCUGCAGCAAGUAAGGAAGCUAUCAAGAUCAGAGAAAUACUGCCCGACGUGACAUGUUUGAUCGAGUACCAAGCGACCAAGAAUACGGUGAUGCAGAGUCUCGAGAAAGGCGUCGGUGUUAUACACAUCGCUUCGCACGGUGACUCACAGACGGGUGAAAUAUUAGUCGCACCAGAACCACGCAUGGAUAAGCAUGAAAUCGCCGAAAAGGAGGAAUACCUCCUGACGAUGAAGGAAAUCAGCUCGUGUCAGAUCAACGCAAGUCUGGUCGUGCUCAGCUGCUGUCAUAGCGGCAGAGGCCAGAUCAGAGCCGAGGGCGUGAUGGGUCUGGCGCGAGCGUUCCUCGCUGCAGGAGCUCGCUCCGUGCUCGCAACGCUGUGGACUAUUGGCGACAAUGCCACACUGGAGUUCAUGGAGCGCUUUUAUCGUCACCUGGCCAGCGGAUUGUCAACUAGUGCCAGUCUCAAGCGGACAAUCCGGGACACCAUCUCAAUGAAUGAUAAAUACAGCCACCCCUAUUACUGGGGCGCGUUUGUUCUCGUCGGUGAUGACGUCACUAUACGGUAGAGACGUAGAAGGGAAGUUUCAAGAAACUCUGGAACCCUGCAACACAGGGAACUCGGAGGAGUAAGCUCAGCUUGACUUGUUUUCAUAUUUGUAUGACAGUUAUAUCCCAUGUGUAUUCAUUUUUGUACUAUUUAUUUCUCUAGGGUCUUUUUUGAAAAGGUGCCCUUCAGAGUAAGACGCUAAUUCGUCAUUUGCUUAUUUGAAGCAGAGCAAUCAAGUCAAUAACUUUUGAUUGAUUUUGAUUUGCAAGUCGUAGCUUAUUCAUAAAACAGUGUAGUUGAGUGUAACCAAGUUAACAAAAUACAACAAAAAGGUUGUGAACAGGCGCGUACCCAGGAUUGGCUGAGGAGGGGUGCGCAGUCAUAGGAAUCAUUUAGAAAAAGCAUAGUAUUCGAAGAUUUCUUAAUAAGAAAUGACCCCCUUUUGGGCCACCAAGAGGGGGGGGGGGGAUGCGUGCGCAUUCUGCGGAGGGAGCGAAUGUUUUUUUUAGGGUUAUUCGAGAGGGAACCCUUAAAAGCAUUCACGAAGGCUUGUAUUCUUUGAUAAUAAUAGCCAAGUUAAAUUUCACUUUGCUAAUUCCGCUUAUUAAUCAAAUCCAGAUUAUUAGUAAAUAAUCACCAAAGUACAAAGUGGAGUUUACAGACGAAGCUAUAGAAAAUGCUGUCAGAGUGCUUUUUUUGCUGGGUUUUGGAGCUAGAGUCAAAUUCCCCUUUGUCCGCAUCAUUUUGGAUCAGCUAUGGCCCGCCAGUCUGUGGCAUUUUGGACGCGCACGGAAGAUUGCGAAAACGGUCCUUGUACCUGUCGCUGUUGGGAUAUCGCAAAUGUUCUUAUAAUAAUAAGCACGUGAUAGGGGGGUUUGAGGGCUUGUUCCGGAUAAUUUUGUUUUCUCCUGGGGACUUCCAACUACAUUUUCCACAAGCUUAAUAAAACGAUAAUGCUUCAAGGGAAGAUCUCUAAUUCCUGCAAGAAUAGUCCUCCUACUUAACCCGCAUGUUCGUUGCUAUAAAAGACAAGAACCACUUCCAGCUGGGACAAGAUAACCAAGGGAAAAUGGUUAGCUAAAUGAGUAAACGAAUCCAAGCUCAAAGUUGUAGCCUGAGGCCUCUAACCGUUAUAUAUUAUUUCCGUAUUUUAGGUAAAAAAGAAAAUCCUAUGUAGUAAAUAUUUGAACUAUCACAGGACAAUAUAGUUCUUCUUGCAUAGAUCAUGACUUGAUGAUUACAAAAAAUGUGAAUAUUUUGGGGAAUUUAAGAGAAAUUUUAAAUAAUCGACAGAGUUGAGGAUUUUAAAAAUUCUAAGAGGGGGAGAAAACGAAACUCUAACAGAUAACAGUGGCGGCAAAAGGAAAUGGGGGCCCCCUCAAAAGUUUAUGAGCGGAUGUGCUUUUUAAUGAACGUCCGGUUUUUACGUUUGUCUAAAUAGUGCUACAAAUAAAGUUACAUUUAAAAAUCGAUAACUUCAUAAAAGACGAUAUUAUAGUUUUAAA